AUGACGUCAUUCCCGCUAUAUGCCGAAACGUACCGGAUUGGGAAUCGUGUAUAUCGUCGUAACGAGUAUAAACGAAACGCUCCCGGUGAUAUAGGAGAGACUGGCGACACGCCUGAUGUUUACGCGGACGAGUUUGAAGAGGAUGAACCGUGCGCGGUGGACGAUACACCUGCGAAACGAGGACGUCAGUCACCAGAUGAAAGUGUGCCGCCUACGGUACCGAUUCGAAAAAUAUGUGACAGCGAUCCUCGAGUCACGUACGAAGGAGGGAAAUUUAUGGCAGAAAUAUAUGUACCAGCAGCGUUUCACGGGAAACUUGUUGGCCUACGAGGAACAAUGAGAAGAGAACUGGAAGAAUCCACACAAUGUCGACUUACAAUACCGCGUAAAGGUCAAACGGGGAAUGUUGAAAUCAAAUCAUUCGCUGGUCUUGAGAAUGUCCAACGUUGCCUGGAUCGUAUUGAACUACUAGUGGCGGAGGCGAGAAGAACCGCGCCACUUACACAUUUUAUCGCUAUUCCAUGCAGUUCUCCGGAAGUGAUCAAAGCGUUCGAAAUGUUCAAAGAGGCGGUGAUAGCGAAUGAACGUGUACCGGAGGAUUCGAGGAAUCCGAAACUUUUCACAGCACCGAUCAAAUUACAUAUAACUGUGUGCGUUCUAUGGUUGUUCGACGAUGAGGAGAAGAAGAAGGCUGGCGACGUGAUCAACGGCUGUCGGGAUGAGAUCACAUCGCUCUUACCUCAACUACCAUUUGAAGUCGACGUGAAUGGAGUGGAGACUUGGGAAGACGAUCCAAGCAAUGUGAAAGUGAUCUACGGAGGAAUUCGAUCAGAACCACUACAAAAUAUGUGUGAUGUGAUUCGAAAAAAACUAGUGGUUGCCGGAUUAUCACCGACAAAAGAAAAAUCAAUAUCGACAAUUGAUUCGUCUGUACGAAUGCAUAUGACGUUAAUGAAGAGCACCUACGCUGAUCGGGACAAACCGACAGCUUUCGAUGCUGCUGUGAUUCUGGAGGAGUACAAGGAUUAUCAUUUCGGGACAUUUAAUAUUAACAAGAUCUGUAUCUGCUCAAUCAAUACGGUCGAUACGGAGACAGGUUUUUAUCAGCAAUGUUUCGAGAUGUCAUUGACGUAA